GGCAUGGCGGUGAUCAGGAUGCUGGUAUGAAGUAUAGCGUUGAUCAGGACAUUGGUAUGGGCUAUGGCGGUGAUAAGGACAUUGGUAUGGGGUAUGGCAGUGAUAAGGUUGUUGCUAUGGCAUAUGGGGUGAUCAGAAUGCUGGUGUGGGGUAUGGUGGUGAUCAGGAUGCUGCUAUGGGGUAUGGCGGUGAUCAGGAUGCUGCUAUGGGGUAUGGCGGUGAUCAGGAUGCUGCUAUGGGGUAUGGCGGUGAUCAGGAUGCUGCUAUGGGGUAUGGCGGUGAUCAGGAUGUUGCUAUGGGGUAUGGCAGUGAUGAGGACGUGAGUAUGGGGUAUGGCAGUGAUCAGGAUAUUGGUACGAUGUAUGGCGGGUGAUCAGAAUGCUAGUAUGUGGUAUGGGGGUGAUCAGAACGCUGGUAUGGAGUAUUGCACUGAUCAAGGAGCUGGUAUGGUGUAUGGCGGUAACCAGAGCACUGGUAUGGUAUAUGGCAUGAUCAGGAUGCUGGUAUGGGGUAUGGUGGUGAUCAGGUCGUUGGUAUGGCAGUCAUCAGGACAUUGGUAUGGUGUAUGGUG